AUGGCCGGUCCCCUGUUUGGCGACCGCACUGAAGUACCCAUCAUCGAUCAUCAGGUACGAGGUCAAUAUCACACCGUUCCUGUCACAUCAUCCUCUCUACAAGAAACCACUGCUCAGACAAUUCAAAGUGCUCGCGAUAUCUCGGAUGCGCAAGAAACUGUUGCUCCCUUAAACAAAACCGUUUGCAAUGAUGCUCUUAGAUCGAACCAACGAUGCCGUCAAACAAGACAAGCAACAUCUGUACUAGACGGACAGCAUCGAGAAGGAGGAGCAACAGAAGGAUUACGAGCACCAAGCAAUCGAAGAGUAGAACGUAGACGUGGAGAACAAUCUGCUCGCGAUGAUAAUGUCUCUAUUGAUGACCAUGACUAUGGCGAUAGGCCUGGUACGGAAGCAGCUUCUGAGGAAGAGGACACAGAGGAAGAGGAUCACGAUCUCUUUGACGAUGAGAGCUCGUUUGCCAGCAUGGCAGUAAUGAAGAAAGUGAUGAACAACAACAACAACAACAACAACAACAACAACAACAACAGCAAAGCAUUGACGAUGAUAGAACGCCACUUCAGAGUCUCGCGCGAAAUGCAGCAGGAGGUGGUCACCUUUAUCAAUGAUUGGUUGUUGGAUGAUGACUUUGGCACAAAGAAGAUAUUAGUGCUCCUACGUUUAUUCAAAGGCAUCAAGGAAAGCAAAUAUGGAAUGCCUUAUCGACCCCCUCCAGAUGACGAACGUAACAAUAGACUUUAUGUUGCCGAAGCCGAUAACAUUGAUUGUCUAGCUGGAACUUUACAGUCGAUCAAAUCGCCUCAGCACAACGUCUUUUACGUGUAUCCAGGGAUUCGGUCAUAUAGCUCAAAGCUUGGUGAUACAUCAAAAAUUUGA